UCUGUAGGGUUCGCGUGCUCUUGAAUUUCAGAUUUGAUCUGACAUAAUCAGUAGAUGUGUAUGAAUGUCGUCUGGUCGCCCGAUGUCAGCCAUGUACUACGAAAGCUCGCUGCUAAUGGCAAGUAAUAUGAGGCCAAUUGAGGAGCAGCCCUUGCUGAUCCGACAGCGGCAACGCAAAUUUCACCGCAGGUCCAGAAAUGGUAAGUUGGAAACAGACGGUUUGACGACUGGGCUUUGGUGACCGUCGAGUACCAUAUAUGACAUCUGGAGAGUUUGCUGACUUAUCCGCGCAUACGUCGCCGCGGCGCCCCAUCGGCGUUGUUGUGACGUGGGCGCGUGCUACCAUAGGCUGCACCGUAUGCAAAAAGAAGCAUAUCAGAUGCGACGAGAAAACACCUCUAUGCACAUAUUGCCUGCGACAUGGCGGAGAGUGUAUAUAUUUGGAUGUAGAAUUUGGUAUACCAACCAACGGUAGAGACAAGGAUUCCGAAGUGUUUCACCAUGUCGACGAUAGAUCAUCGCCGGUGUCUCUGGGCUUGUCAGACAGUACACCACGAAAUCCAUUUGUUGGUACUGGCUGUGAUAUACCAUUCAAGUCACGACCGUUAUUUCAGCUUUUCCUGAGUACUAGAAUCCUCCACUCAGUACCAAUAGCCAGAGAAAAGGAUUCAUUUGUCGUCUACCGUGCCCUAUCAAACCCGGGUUUCCUCCACGCGGCUCUUUUGAUGACGACACUGCAAUGGGCGUGGUCGACAGGGGAUAGCGAACAAUUCCGAGUACCAUAUCUAUAUCAUAAGCUGCAAGCUAUACGUUUCGUCAACGAGCAGUUAGCAGAAUCCGAAACUGCAGUGGACGAUGGUACCAUUGCGGCAAUCACAAGUCUUGCUCUAGUCGAGAAUUGCUUGGGUUCUGCCGAUGCCGUAGCAUUCCACUUGCGUGGGCUGAUCAGAAUCAAGGACCUGCAAAGAAAGGUCGCUGGCAAGAGACCCAUGGGCCUUCUUCAACGACUUAUUCUAAUGGCUGCACGUUGUAUCAAAUCACGACCGCCAUAUGACAUACUCGAUAUUCUACAAACAGACGACACUCACCAAUCUAUGAUCAUAUCAUUAUUGGGCAUAGCGAUACGUCCGAUCCGCCCGAAUCAUGACAUAUUUGCCCUGAGCCGACUGGAUCUUCCAUUCGAAACACUUUCAGACUGUUCCCAUGAUUCACAAGCACUCGACAAUACCUCCAUUGGCCCCUUACAGUCCGUUGAUACCAGCAGGAGCGAUUUCAUCUCCUGCUAUUUUUACCUUUACAUAAUACUUCGUGACCAGUGGAUAGACUCGUUCGUACUCAACUGGUUCCUAGAGCAAUUACUUGCCGACGUCUGCAGAACGGAGUCUCUAAUGCAAAAGGGCCAAUACAGCCAGACUUUGUGGUUUUGGACCGUCAUGUUCGGAGCUUCAGCAACAGUAGCUGCAAAAACCACGUCUUCCUUAGAGGAAAAUCAAAUGAAGGCAACGAAAGAUUCGUACAUGGACAAGAUCAACCUCGCAAGCCAGCUACUCAAAAUCAAGAGUUGGGAAGGGGCAAAGUCAACCAUGCAACUUUUUGCUUGGGAGGACGGCUUUGACGGGGAAGAAGAGCUCAAAACUUUAUGGGAGGAGGCUGUUUGGGCGGAUGGUAGUCGUCGUCCGAAGCUACCAUUGGUCUAGUAUUCCCUAAGAAGGUGAUGUGUUGAGUAUAGGCUCGACGUCAAGUAUCGUGGGCUAUGCAAGAACGAAGUUUGUUCUGAACUGUGAAGAUGUCGAACACGGUCGAGACAGCCAGCGUGGAUGCAUGCAAAGCUGGGCAGACGAUGACAUGGCACCUCUGUU